AUGGACGGACAGGCGGACACUGAGCCGGGAGCCGGGCAGCAGCUGCGGCCCCACAGGCAGCGGGCAGAGGACGAGAGCAGGCUCUGGCAGGGAGGGCAGGUCAGGAACACGCUGCACCUCGUCUCCGCCGUGGCUCAGUGGAUUCUGCUGCUUGCCUGUCUGAUUUACCUGGGUGUACAUUUUCUGCGGCCCUCAAAGACCCAGAGUGACAAAGUGCUGUGGACCUACAUCCGCUACACAGGCCGGAGCAGCAGAGGAGCAGCCGUGAACCUCAGUGCGGAAUCCGGGCCCAUCCGCAUCAGGAACGGCUCCAUCCUGGUCCCCUGUGACGGCCUGUACCUCGUGUCCCUCAACAGCUCCGUCUACCUGGAGAAGGAGGAGGAGGACUGGCUGAAUCUGACCCUGCAGGGCACCAACAGCGUGCUGUGGGAGCAGAUGGUCCAGAGCAACAACAGCAGAGUGAACUUCACCGCAGUGCUCUACCUGUUUGAGCAGGACAGCAUCACGCUGUGGACCAGCUCCAACGCCAGCAUCUCAGACCUGUCCCUUAGCCUGGUGCUCGUAGCUGAGAACAAGUACUAG